CUGUCCUCCCUCCCCCCUCAGCACGACGCCCCCGGGGCCGCAGCAGCGCCGCCGGCAGGUAUGUCAGAACACAGCAAUGAAUCCACAGCACUUGAUGAAUCUCAUCCAGCUGCAGAAGAGGUCCAGUCUGACUCUGAGGAAGGUGCAAUGGCUCAAGAGUCUCCCAAAAAUUCAGCAGCAGAAAUUCCUGUGACUAGCAAUGGACAGCUGGAAGAUUCUCACGAGCAUAGCUUUAACAGGGACUUGAAACGUGCGUUGCCAGUUGGACUUGGACUUUCUGAAACCAAAAUAACGUCUCAUGGCUUUGACAGCACCAAAGAGGGAGUUGUUGAGGCAGGACCAUUUCCAGGUAAAGGUUCCUCAGCAUCACCCAAAUCAUCUGUUAUAUCUCCUAGCAGUGCAGCAGCUAGCAGACUGGCUGGACAAGGUUGUGAUUUAAUUAUUCCCACAGGGGGCAGAGCUCAGCAGAAGAGUGGACCUGUUGUGUUAGCAGAUGAAGUAAAGAGUCCAGCAAUGGAGAAAUUGGAAUUGGUGAGAAAGUGGAGCCUAAACACUUACAAGUGUACACGUCAGAUCAUCUCUGAAAAAUUGGGUCGUGGCUCAAGAACAGUAGAUCUGGAACUAGAAGCUCAAAUAGAUAUAUUGAGAGAUAACAAAAAAAAAUAUGAAAAUAUCUUGAGACUGGCACAGACGCUGUCCACACAACUCUUCCAGAUGGUACAUACCCAAAGGCAACUUGGAGAUGCAUUUGCUGACCUGAGUUUGAAGUCAUUGGAACUUCAUGAGGAGUUUGGCUACAAUGCAGAUACGCAGAAACUUCUAGCUAAAAAUGGAGAAACUCUUCUUGGGGCUAUUAACUUUUUUAUUGCCAGUGUGAAUACAUUGGUGAAUAAAACAAUUGAAGAUACAUUAUUGACUGUGAAACAGUAUGAAAGUGCCAGGAUUGAAUAUGAUGCCUAUCGAACAGACCUAGAAGAGCUGAAUCUUGGCCCUCGUGAUGCAAACACUCUGCCAAAGAUUGAGCAAUCACAACAACUGUUUCAAGUGCAUAAAGAGAAAUAUGACAAAAUGCGUAAUGAUGUAUCUAUCAAAUUGAAAUUUUUGGAAGAAAAUAAGGUUAAGGUGUUGCACAAUCAGCUUGUUCUGUUCCACAAUGCCAUUGCAGCGUACUUUGCUGGGAAUCAAAAGCAGCUUGAACAGACACUUAAACAGUUCCACAUCAAAUUGAAAACUCCUGGAGCAGAUGCCCCAUCCUGGCUUGAAGAACAGUAAUCGGAUCAGAGAAGAGGACCCAAUGUUAACCUAAAAUCUGUAAAUCUGAUAAUAAUUAAGGGUUGGGGUUGAAGGACUGUUGUAGUGAUUCUUGCACAGACAGCUUUAAUUUUUUUUCCCCUUUUAUAAUACUGUAAAACUGAAUUUGGUGGGAAAGUGGGUGACUUAAAGGUAACCAAACAUAAUUUCUGUCAUUUCAAAUAUAGAGCACUCCUUUUGUAUGUAAAGGUUGGUGGUUAUUUCUGUAA